ACGAUGCAAGGGUGGCUUUCUUAGCCAUUUUGAUUCAGCAGAGAAUAUGAAUAUCGAGAAAUGAGAGUGCACCUGGGCUCUUGAUGCUGAACGACCACCUUCCGUUGUCAUUCCUCUUACACUUAUCCCGACAAUUAAAAAACUGUGAUUGCCCAUCAUGCCUCGAGCAGAAGUCGGUACUCCAAAGUACAUCGCUAACAAGAUGAAGUCCAAGGGACUUCAGCGGUUGCGAUGGUUCUGCCAAGUCUGCGAGAAGCAAUGUCGAGACGAGAAUGGCUUCAAAUGUCAUGCACAAUCGGAAUCCCAUCUCCGACAAAUGCUCGCCGUUGGCGAGAGCGCCGGACGACACAUUGCCGACUACUCUCAACAGUUCCAGCACGAUUUUGUCCAACUUCUUUCGAGGAGGUUUGGUACAAAGCGAGUCAAAGCGAAUACGGUAUACCAGGAAUUUAUCCAGGAUAAGAAUCAUCUGCAUAUGAACGCAACAAGAUGGGUUACGUUGACGGAGUUUGUGAAGCACCUUGGACGUACGGGUGUUGCGAGAGUGGAUGAGACAGAGAAAGGGUGGUUCAUUGCGUGGAUCGACAGCAGUCCAAAGGCACUGGCGAAACAAGAAGCAUCGAUGAAGAAAGAGAGAGCUACCACAUCCGACGAACAACGUGAACGGAUGCUCAUUGCCGAGCAGAUCGAGCGUGCAGCAGCAGACAAGGAGAAGUCUGGUUCACCCGACACCACCCCUCCUGCAGAGGAGGUCGGGUUGAAACGAGACGAAGGUGAAAAGGUUGUCUUGUCUUUGGCUCCUAAGACCGCCACCACAUCCUCCAUAUCUAUUACCUCCGCAAAGCCUGCCGCAGGUCUGAAACUUAAUCCCCUCAGGGCCAACCCACUUAGAGCUAACCCGCUGAGACGACCAAACCCUCUAAAGCAGGCGGGUGCUACAUCGUCACCCGCGCCCUCAGAAGCCGGAAGGAAGAGGGAUGCUUCGUCGAUGAUGACCGCGGCUGAGCGGUUGGUCUUCGAAGAACAUGAGAGGAAGCGGAGACGAAUGGAACGGGAAGCUGUAGCAUGAUUUCUUCACUUCAGUUGAAUGGACGGUGCGAUCGAGUUACUUAUUAUCUGCUGUAAUACUGUAAUUGCCUUGUUGUAGACUUUCUCACCCAGAAUGUAUCAUUAUCGCCAAUUGAAAGGUCAAAGAAGUGACGACCACAAUUCAAAUUCC